CUGCCUGCUUGAAUACAGUCUACAGCAGUGUGUGCUACGAGUUACCACAGACAGACAGAGAGCAGACUGGCUGGUUGGACCGUUUCCGAUACAACACUGCAUCAUUGUUUCAGAGCGAAGGGAAGGCAGACUAUACACAGGUCUUCGCAGAUAGUGAGGCAGAAAUGUUGGUGAAAUUUGCAAUCGCGCUGCUGGUUUUGUCAGUUUUGGAGCAAGUGGUGGGAUUGGAUAAUAUUGAUGUUCAUGACAACCCGUCAGAGAAACCGGCGAGCCAGAAAGGCCGUAUGUCUCUGCAGAACACAGCUGAGAUACAGCACUGUCUGGUGAGUGCAGGAGACGUGGGCUGCGGUGUGUUUGAAUGUUUUGAGAACAACUCCUGUGAGAUCAGAGGCCUGCAGGAGAUCUGUCUGACCUUCCUACACAAUGCCGGAAAGUUCGAUUCCCAGGGUAAGUCGUUCAUCAAGGAUGCUUUGAAGUGCAUGGCCCACGGCCUGAGACACAAGUUCAGCUGCAUCAGCAGGAAGUGCCUGGCCAUUAAAGAGAUGGUGUUCCAGCUGCAGAGAGAGUGCUACCUCAGACACAACCUGUGUUCUGCAGCCAAGGAGAACGUUGCUGUCAUGGUGGAGAUGAUCCACUUCCAGGACCUCUUCCCUAAAGGGCCGUAUGUGGAGCUGGUCAACAUCCUACUGAGUUGUGGGGAGGAGGUGAAGGAGGCCUUAACCAGGAGCGUCCGGCUGCAGUGUGAGCAGAACUGGGGGGCUCUCUGUGACAGCCUGAGUGUCUGCUCUUCCCUCACCCCCCCUCCCGGGCAGGCUUCCCCCGACCACCGCCGCCACGGGUCCCCCCACUCUGAGCCAGACCACCCCCGACCCCCCCGACAGGGGGACAAGUCCAGUAAAGGAGGCUUCAAUGCCCAUCCCCGUAGCCGCAGCCAGGGUCCCCGCCGACAGAGCCCCGAGGCUGGGGUGGUGGCGGAGCAAGAAGACCCUGAGGCCACAGACAUCCGGAGGUGAAAGAGACAUUGGACCCUAACUAUCCUGAUCCCCAUCCGCACCCACCCCACACACAUACAUACAUACAAAGACACACACAGACAGAUACAUGCAAAAACACACAUACACACACAUCUACACACACACAGAGACUCGCUCUCUCUCUCCCGCUCCUCUCCAGUCAUUCCAGCAGUCCCAAAUGGUAAAUCUGCAGGGUAACAUGGUGUAGCUCAUUCAGUUACUCCAGAUUGUAGUCCACCGAUGUUGUUUCUGUUUAUUAUAAGUAUUAUUAUCAUGAUUAUUAUUUUGUGUUAGGACUUUAUUGGGCUCUAAUAUAGCGUUUCUCAAAUCGUACUCACUGUAAGAUUUGAUUAUAUUUGUAUUAUUUAUUUUAUUGUUUAUGCAAUGUUUAAAUAUCCAAAUGUACAUAGAAAUAUACUUAUCUAUAUUUAUACAGUAUGAACAUGUAUAAAUAUAGUCACCAUAUGCAGUACUGAUGUUCUAUAAUAUUAUAGUACAUGGUGUGUUCUGUUGUAUACCUCACCACCACCCAUCACCACCCAUCGAUCUAUAGAUAUGUAACAUACAGCUGUUGUUUCAAAGUGGGAAUGUGUUGUUAGUAUUAUAAUUCUAGAUACUUGAUGAUUAAAUACAAACUGUACAGGUUUUG